UGUGAUAUUGAUUCACAUCAUUCUAAAGUCGCCUUGUAUUGUCGGAUAUUAUGGUUGUUUUCUGGCUCAUUUGUGAUUGUUGGGUGGCUGUCGAUCGUGGCUGCUGAGGUUGAAGAUGAAUAGGGCGCUCCUCCACAGUAUAAAAGUUGAAAAAUAAAUUGGAACAGUAUAAAUGUAAACUCUACUGUGUCCUAGUAUUUAUUAAAAUUUUGGGUCUUUUUUUAGUAUAUAAGUAGCCUAUUUUAUUCAUGUUUUUUUUGUUUAGGAAAGAUUUUUGUAUGCUUGGGCCUUGUAUCAUCUGAAUGGAAGACAAGUUGGCAUGUGGGGGAUCAUUUUAGACUUACUUGGACAAUCCGCGGUGGACCAAGGAAACGCUGAGACAUGGUCAAUAAAAACGUUCAUUGACAUUUUGACAGACAAUUUUUUUCUUUCUUUUUUCUUAGAAGUGUCUUUAUAAAUAUUGGAUCCAUGACACCUACACACACCCCAAUACCAACUAACCUCAAGUGGUUAUGACUGAGUGAUACAACUUUCAUAUUUUUUUUUCUGAAAUCAACAACUAUAAUAUUAUAAUUGUGUAUAUUAUAUACUUUCGUAACUCAAAGAACUAAUCAUAACAUAAUAUAAUAAAUACAACUAAACAGCAGAAUCAUUUAACUCUCUCUCUCUCCCUCUGUUAAAUAGAUCACAUCAGUACUCUAUCUAUCUAUCUCUCUCUAUCUCCCUAGGUACCUUUUUAGAUAGACACUUUCUUCUACUUUUUUGUUGACGUAAUAAUCGACUAUACGUUGGCAUGCAUGGAAAAAUGUUUAAGCUUUUGUGAAAUUUGGUAGGUUUCUGUAGUCGUUUUUGUUAAACGAGUAUAUCAACUGCUUGUUAAUAUAAUUGAGAGUUGAGUUGAGUUAAGGGGGGACUUGGACUGCAGCUAUGGGAGGUAGGUCGUUGCAGCUCUUUUUGGGUUUCUUCUCUGUACUAAUUCACUCGAUGUCUUCGUUUACCGAUCCCAGCGAUGUUGCGGUUCUCCAGUCAUUGAAGGUGGCUUGGGAAAAUUUACCUAGUAGCUGGUCAGAAUCUCAAGAUCCCUGUGGAGUAAAAUUAAAAUGGGAUGGGGUGAGCUGUGAAGGCUCAAGAGUGACUGAAUUGACAUUGCCAUCAAUAGGACUCAAAGGGAGACUUGAAGGUGAUAUUGGGGGCCUUACUGAAUUAAGAUCCUUGGACUUAUCCUCUAACAGAAACCUUACAGGUCCUCUCUCUCCCCGGUUAGGCGAUUUGAAAAACUUGAAUAGUUUAAUCCUACUUGGUUGUAGCUUUAGUGGUAAAAUUCCAGAUGAAAUAGGCAAUCUUAAGGAGCUGACCUUCUUAGCUCUGAAUUUAAAUAACUUCACUGGCAAUAUACCUGCUUCUUUGGGUAAGCUUUUGAACGUUUAUUGGCUGGACUUGGGAGAAAAUGAGUUGACUGGAACUCUCCCUGUUUCAACCUCUACCACCCCAGGAUUGGACCAACUUCUUAAGGCUAAGCACUUACAUUUCAAUAAGAACAAGCUUUCCGGUCCCAUUCCAGAAAAACUUUUUAGCUCUAAGGUGAAACUGUUACACAUAUUGUUUGAUGGAAACCAAUUUACUGGAACUAUCCCAUCAACAAUAGGACAUGUUACCACUCUUGAGGUUCUUCGGCUUGAUAGAAAUGAUCUAUCCGGGGAAGUCCCAUCAAAUCUCAACAACCUUAUAAAUAUGAAUGAAUUAAAUUUGGCCUUUAACAAAUUGAAUGGCUCGUUUCCAGACUUAACCGGAAUGAAUAAGCUAAAUUAUUUGGACCUGAGUAACAACACAUUUGAUGCAACAGAGCCUCCAACUUGGUUUUCAUCAUUGCAAGAACUCACAACUAUGUUCGUUGAAAAUGGGCCUCUGCUAGGGCGAAUUCCAACUGAGCUAUUCAACUCUUCACUGUUGCAGCAAGUGAAACUGAAAAAUAAUAAUUUCAAUAACACAUUGAACAUGGGUGACAACAUCAGCCCCCAAUUGCAGCUAGUUGACUUGGAAAAUAAUGAUAUUCAAUCAGUAAGAGCUGGACUUUACAAAGAAACAUUAGUACUUGUAGGGAAUCCAGUGUGUGAGACUACUAGUAUUGCAGAUUACAAUUACUGCCGACAUCAGCAGCCAUCUACAGAUACAUAUUCGACAAGCUUUGAUUGUGGACGUACAUCAUGCCCUUUAUAUCAAAAGCCCAGUCCUCAGAGUUGUGAAUGUAAAUAUCCUUUUGAGGGAACAUUAAUUUUUAGAGGACCUUCCUUCAGGCAAUUUACAGAUGAUAGGUUUUAUAAUCUUUCAGAGAGCCUUUGGAAAAACCUUAGCCUUAAUCAAGGUUCAGUGUCUCUUCAAAGCCCCACCUUCGAUACUAAUGACUAUCUUCAGAUUGGGUUGGCUCUCUUUCCAUCUACAGUAGAGUAUUUUGAUAUAUCUGAGAUUCUGAGGAUUAGUUUUCAAUUGAAUAAACAAAUUUACAAGCCGCCACCAGAAUUUGGACCAUAUAUUUUCAUUGCAUCUCCUUAUUCCUUUCAAGGAGCACAUAAAGGAAAUUCUAUAGGCACUGGAGCAAUUACUGGGAUAGCAGCUAGCUGUGCAGUUUUGGUUGUAGGCCUUGUUGCCAUAGCAGUAUAUGCCGUUCGUCAGAAAAAACGUGCUGAAAAGGCCAUAAGAUUAAGUAGACCUUUCGCUUCCUGGGCACCAAGUGGGCGAGAGAGUGGAGGUGCACCACAACUCAAGGGAGCACGACAGUUUUCAUAUGAUGAACUUAAGAAGUGCACCAGUAAUUUUACUUCAAGUAAUGAGAUUGGAUCUGGUGGCUAUGGCAAAGUUUACAGGGGACAGCUUCCUGAUGGACAAGUAGUGGCUGUCAAAAGAGCUCAACAAGGAUCAAUGCAAGGUGGACUCGAAUUCAAGACUGAAAUUGAGUUGCUCUCUCGUGUUCAUCACAAAAAUCUUGUUGGCCUUCUUGGUUUUUGUUUUGAUCAAGGAGAACAAAUGUUGGUAUAUGAGUAUAUGCCAAAUGGAACGCUAAGGGAAAGCUUGUCCGGCAAAUCUGGUAUUCAUCUCGAUUGGAAGAGGAGACUUCGCAUAGCUCUUGGCUCAGCAAGAGGACUUGCUUACCUACAUGAGCUAGCAAAUCCUCCAAUAAUUCACAGGGAUGUCAAAACAACCAAUAUUCUACUAGAUGAAACUUUAGGAGCAAAGGUUGCAGAUUUUGGCUUGUCUAAGCUGGUCUCAGACAGCGGAAAAGGACAUGUUUCAACUCAAGUCAAAGGCACUCUGGGUUAUCUUGAUCCGGAGUACUACAUGACUAACCAAUUAACAGAGAAGAGUGAUGUGUAUAGUUUUGGUGUUGUUAUGCUUGAGCUUAUAACUUCGAAGCAACCAAUCGAGAAGGGAAAGUAUAUUGUUCGCGAAGUACGAAUGUCAUUGAAUAGAAACGAUGUGGAGAGUUACGGCAUGAAGGAGAUGAUUGAUCCAUCCAUUAGAAAUACUCCAAUUCUUAUUGGCUUUGGCAAAUUCUUGGAGUUGGCCAUGCAAUGCGUUGAAGAGACAGCUGUUUAUCGUCCGUCAAUGAGUGAAGUUGUUAAGGCUAUUGAAACCAUUUUACAGAAUGAUGGUAUUAAUACCAACUCAACAUCAGCAUCCUCUUCCGCCACUGAUUUUGUUGGAAAUGCCAAAGGCCCUCUUAGACAUCCUUAUAGUAAUGUUGCUUUGCUUAAAAAGGAUGUUAGUGGUAGUGACCACUUUGAUUAUAGUGGUGGUGGUGGAUACGUACUCUCAACAAAGAUUGAACCCAAGUAGCACAACAUUCUGCUUGUGUUUCCUUUUCUUUCAUUUUUGAUUUUUUUGCUUGGACUUGAUGUAUUAAAGGUUUUAGUGAAAGGAAUAAGUCGUCAUAUUUGGUAAGUAUUCAAAUUUUUCAAGCUUUUAGUGUGAUAAAAAGUAGUUAAAUAUUAAGGCUGUAUUUGUUUCCAGUUAAUGAAGAGCUAAAUCUUAUUAGGUCA